UCAGAUGCGAACCUAAACAAUAUCCCUGCUGUGUUGCCGCUCCUAUCGCGCUGUUCUAAAAAAAUACUCGGGAAAAAAUGAAAGCAUAAAAAAGCCAUGUCCCUCCAUUGCGGCGGCGGUUUUCUCUGUUAUUAUCCACCAAGUCUAUUCCUUUCAUUGAGAGUGUAUUGAUCAUCCAUUAUGGCUCGCCCUUCGUCACCCUAUCGUCCUGGAUCACCACGUCCUUAUUCGCCCCACACAAAAGUGGAGGAAGAUCUCCACAAUAUGGCUGGCAUUGACUACGACAAGGUUACCAUCAAACAUAACCCAUCCGUUCCUGUGCUAUACGAAGAAGCUUUGACCCAUGAAGUGGGCACUGUCAUUUCAUCGUCGGGUGCGCUUUGCUCGUACUCUGGCAGAAAGACGGGACGUAGCCCCAACGAUAAGCGUAUUGUCGAGGAAGAAGACUCGUGCAAGGACAUCUGGUGGGGACCAGUGAACACGAAAAUGAGUGAGCGCGUAUUUUUGAUCAACCGAGAACGUGCGAUCGACUACCUUAACACGCAUCCGCGCCUCUAUGUAUUUGAUGGGUUCGCUGGCUGGGAUCCCAAAUACCGCAAGAAAGUGCGUGUGAUUGCGUCGCGAGCCUACCAUAUUCUAUUUAUGCGCAACAUGUUGAUUCGUCCUACGGACGAAGAACUCGAAAACUUUGGCACCCCGGAUUUCACUAUUUUCAAUGCCGGUGAAUUCCCUGCGAACCGUUACACCACGGGAAUGACUUCGACCACAUCGGUGUCUAUCAAUUUCAAACGUCAUGAAAUGGUCAUUUUAGGCACUGAAUAUGCAGGAGAGAUGAAAAAGGGCAUUUUCACGGUGAUGCAUUAUUUGAUGCCCAAAGCUGGCGUGCUGUCAUUGCAUUCAUCUGCCAACGAAGGAGAGAACGGAGACGUUACGCUGUUCUUCGGAUUAUCUGGUACUGGCAAGACGACCUUGAGUGCUGAUCCUAAGCGACGAUUGAUCGGUGAUGACGAGCACUGCUGGAGUGACAAGGGCAUCUUUAACAUCGAAGGAGGAUGCUACGCCAAAUGUAUCGACCUGUCGGCAGAAAAGGAACCUGAAAUUUAUAACGCCAUCAAGUUUGGUUCGGUGCUAGAGAAUGUCGUUCUCAACGAGGACUCCCGUGUCGUCGAUUAUGCCGAUGACUUUUUGACAGAAAACACACGAUGCGCAUACCCUAUUGAUUAUAUUCCAAAUGCCAAGAUUCCUUGCAUGGGUAGCCACCCCAAAAAUAUCAUCUUGUUAACGUGUGAUGCAUUUGGUGUUUUGCCGCCUGUGUCCAAGUUGACGCCCAACCAAGUGAUGUAUCACUUCAUUUCCGGUUAUACAACCAAGGUGGCCGGUACGGAAGAUGGCAUUGUGGAGCCUACUCCUACAUUUAGCGCUUGUUUUGGUUCGCCUUUCUUGGUGCUCCAUCCUCAGAAGUAUGCUACCAUGUUGGCUGAGAAGAUGAGCCACCACGCCGCUGACGCUUGGUUGAUCAACACUGGCUGGAUCGGUGGUAAAGCGGGAGAAGCCAAACGAUGCCCACUGAAAUACACUCGUGCAAUUUUGGAUGCUAUUCACAGCGGCGCGUUGAGCAAGGUCGAGUAUGACAACUACGAAGUGUUCAACUUGGCUAUUCCCAAGCAGGUGGAAGGAGUUCCAUCUGAGUUGUUGCAUCCUCGCAAGGCAUGGCAGGGCGAUGAGAAAGAAUUUGACGCUUCGUUAAAGAAAGUGGCCGAAAUGUUUUUGGAGAACUUCAAGACGUUCCAAGAUGAAGCCAGUGCGGAGACUUCGGCAGCUGCUCCAAAGAUUUAAAUGUACACAGUAGUUUAGUACGCAUUACAUGUAUCCGCAGUUAUGUGAGGGCUUCCAUGAAAGCAACAGUGAUCACGAGCAGAGUCAUCAUAAAAUACAAUCACACGAUGAAAUUUCACAAAACGAUU